AUGGAAGGCCAACGGCCACAAGAGUUAUGGGAGUACACGCAGACUGUGCGUACUUUUUUCUCAGUGGGUGGUGAGGGGCAAUUCCGUCCACCACGCCCACGGCUCAUGAUCUUUUCCCCUGAAAAGCGAUGGCCGUACUCGUUGAACCAUUCAUUGCCUAUUGCCGACUGCUACAUUAACAUUGAGGUGCAUCGGGUGUGGAGGAUCGUCGGGGGCGAUCUAAAAGAAGUGUUUCCCCCUCCAGAGAGAGACGCACCUAAAAUGGGGUGUCGUCUUUCGAUUGGAACCCCCGGGGUAGGGAGGCCAAUGGCGGCUGACUCCUACCUCCUUCAUCAGCUGCUGCACUACGACGCCACGAAGCUCCAUGUGGUUGUGUACUGCUUUGGAAGGGAUUUCGCAUACUUGUUUGACAAGAGCACACAAACGGUGACAGAAUACAGGGGCGGGAGUAAUAUUAGAGGGGUUAUGGUAAAUUUGGCUGGGAGUGGAAUGAAAGGGUGUAUCAUCGUCGAUAUGGCAAGAUAA